AUGAUCAAGAUGAGUUUUCGAGGCGUGAUUUUUAUGAAUCUAUAUUGUGGUUUGAUGCAUUUGAUAUUUGGUGUGUAUUCGAAAAGUCCUAGUAGUAGUGGUGGUGGUGGUGGCGGCAGCAGCAAUGGAGGUGAGAAUUAUAGAUUCUUACAUGGUGGAUUAACGGUUCAAUUCAUUGGCGAGAGGUUGCCUUUUAAUCGAUUGGAAUUGAUUGUGUUAGAUAUAAUUGUGUUUGGAAUACAGUUGAUUCUUUUGCAUUUGCAUGGCGUCGUUGGUAAUGAGGAGGUAUUCGAUGAAGAUAAAGAGGAGCAAGAAGUGAAUGAUGGAGGAGAGGAAAAUUCAGCAGCUGGAGUAAGUUCUGAAAGGGCGGGUGAUGGAAGUGCUGUAAGGUAUGUUGGACCACUACUGCUGCUGCUGCUACUGCUGUUGCAAGGUGGAGUUGAGGAAAUACCAUUGAGCGAGUUAUGUAAUAGCAACCACACAGAAGAGGCAGUCAUAGACAAGGCUCGUAUCGAAGGCGAUGGAUAUAAUGGAAAUGUCCAAUUGCUAACUAUUGACCUAAUUGAUGGUAUCAAAAAAAUGAUGAAUUUGAAAGUGAAUAUACAAAACUCAAGAGAGAGUAGUGGUUUAUCAACAUCCUCAUCGACAUUUCCUGGCGCUUUUCCGAGAUCAUUGAAGCACCAACCACCCACCACCACCACCACAGCUAAAGAAAUGUCCGAUAAUAAUAUAGUAGGGAUAGAGUACAACAGAGUUACAAAUACAUCUUCCACUGAUUUCCCUGGUCAUCAAUCUCUGGGCGACUAUUCCUGGGACAUUGAGAAGUUUAAAAAUUCAUUUGAUAUUAAAAUCACCAAUGUUAGUGAACGUGUUGCUAAUUUUGACUUGAUUCACAUAGACACAUCCAUAGCUAAUGCGUUUCGUCGUAUAAUGAUAGCUGAAGUUCCAUCAGUGGCAGUUGAAACAGUUUAUUCGUUUAUGAAUACAUCAGUUAUACAAGAUGAAGUAUUGGCCCACAGAAUUGGAUUAAUUCCAUUGAAAGUUGAUCCUGAUUCAUUGACUUGGGUGGAUAAAAAUGUCGAUGAGAAUGAUCGUUAUACUGAAGAUAAUACUAUUGUGUUAUCAUUGGAUGUCACUUGCAGCAAGAAUCCGCAUGCGCCAAAGAACUCCACCAAUCCUAACGAGUUGUAUCGAAAUAGUAAUGUCUACGCCAAGGAUUUAAAAUUUGAACCACAAGGCAGUCAAUUGGAAAAGUAUAAAGAUAAUCCAGUUGUUCCUACUGAUCCAAACAUUCUUUUGGCAAAACUAAGACCAGGACAAGAAAUUUCAUUGAGAGCUCAUUGUAUAUUAGGUAUUGGAGCCGACCAUGCCAAGUUUUCCCCUGUGGCAACGGCAUCAUAUAGGUUAUUACCAGUGAUAGAUAUCAAGGAGCCAAUAACUGGUGAAUUGGCCAAAAAAUUUCAAAAGUGUUUCCCACCAGGUGUAAUUGAAAUUGAUUCCAACAAAGGAGAAGCAUAUGUUGCUGAUGCUAGAAAAGAUACUGUAUCAAGAGAAGUAUUGAGACAUCCUGAAUUCAAUGGUAAAGUGAAGUUGGGUAGACAAAGAGAUUAUUUUAUUUUCCAAGUUGAAUCAACGGGGGCAAUGUCACCAGAAGAGAUUUUUUUCAAGUCAGUUAGAGUGUUGAAGAAUAAAGCUGAGUAUUUGAGGAAAUGUCCCAUUGGUCAAUAG